AAUAAUUAUAAUAAUAAAAAGAAGGAAGAUGCCUGCAACCGACUUCCCAGUUCCCUGAAAAUUUAAAACCAUGGAUUCUACUUCUACUGUUUCCCUAGAUCACCUCAAAGUUCCAACCCAUUCCACCGUCCAAAUCCAGACAUUAACUUGCGACUUCAGAUUAUAAAUACAUUAUAAAUUCACCUUCUCCCUUAUCUUUAAAUUCUCUGUGCACUACUUCACUAGCUGAAGCUUUCUAGCAAUGUCGUUCUUGGUAUCCAAAGCCCAACCCACUCUCUCAGAAGCUGAGAACAACACCAACAGCAACAACAAUUCCCGAGAACAUGAAGACGACCCAGAAAUCGGAAGCUCCGUGCCCGUGACAAGUCAUGUCCUCUUAAAACCAGCUCACUCAAAUCAGACCUUAAAUAAGGAGGUGGUCCUGCGGCGGAUUCGACAACGUAAGCGCCACAAUAAGGUCCGAGCUGCUGUGCAAGGUUUCUUUGGCUUGCGCGAUUCGUCCAAAACCGACGAUAGGGUCUCUGUUAAAUGGGUGGAUGAUGCUUUUGCUGCACUUUGAUGCUCAUAUUAAUUGUUUAGAAAUGUAAAUCUGGGUGGUGGCCGGAGAGAAUAGUAUAUAUUUCCGGCCACAAAAGUCAAUAAAUCUGAUGCUAUGUUAGCUUUUUCUUUCAGUUUAAUGUGAUUAAUGCUCUUUGUAA